UAACCUCACAGAAGAAGAAGAAGGUUCGAUAUCAACAAGAGCAGGAGGCAUGUAGCUGACAGGGUCGACUUUUUUUUUUUUUUAACCUCAAAAAGUUUGGCUCUACGCAAACGUCAACCACGUAUAUGUCACUUAAACAAGCGCUCUUGUUCAUUUUCAAGCCACAGGCGGGUUGUACGUAAUGCUAUGUAGCUCGUUGUGCUGACUAGCUGGCUUACUAACACCUCAGCAAGGAUGGCCGAUGACCCACAGAGAAACUUCCGCUCGGCCUAUUAUGAGAAAGUGGGUUUCAGGGGAGUAGAGGAGAAGAAAUCACUGGAAAUACUGCUCAAGGACAAUCCCCUCGAUCUAGAAAAGCUGAGCACCUUCAGUCAGAGGUUCCCCCUCCCCUCCAUGUACAGGAUCCAUGUGUGGAAGGUAUUGUUGGGUAUCCUCCCUCCCCACAGUGACUCUCAUGCUCUGGUUGGAGGCUACAGGAAGGAGCAGUACCAGGACAUCCUGGAGGCUCUGGAGGUGAUGAGGUACAUCAACUCCUCCACACCAUCCACCCACAUCUACCUUCGCAUGUUCCAGCUGGAGAGCCAGAUUCUUCCGCGGUGCUCCGAGACCUCUGCCCCGGAUGAAGAGAACGAGGACUUCCUCUCCGUCAGUCGAGCCAUGGAGGAGAUCGUAGACGAUCCUGUCGACUGCUAUUGGCUAAUCAAAUGUUUCGUGAAUCAGUUUCACACCAAGUUUGGUGACUCAAUACCUCACCUGCCAAAGAGUCUGGAGCAUUAUCUGAGUCAGGAGGAACCUCGACUGCUGAACCACCUGAAGAACAGCGGAGCACUCGCUCAGCUGCCGUACAGCCUGUGGUUCAGACGCUGCUUUGCCGGCUGCCUGCCUGAAUCCAGCCUGCAGAGGGUGUGGGACAAGGUGAUCAGCGGCUCCUGCAAGAUCCUAGUGUUUGUUCUGGAGAUCCUGCUCAGCUACAAGAUCAUCUUGAUGGGCAUCAACCGGCCGGAAGGCAUCGUCAAGUUUCUGUGCAAUAUACCGCAGGAAAACACAGACGCCAUCGUGACGAAAGCAAUCGACUUGUGGCACAAAUAUUGCGGCACUCCGAUGCACGCCAUGUAGACGCAUGGAGCUCCACAGAGAUUUUCCAGGACUUACUCCUUAACUCCACUGAGACACUAACAGACUGUGGCGUUUGGGGGGGUGUUUUUUUUCUGCAUGAAUGAACAGAAAACUCAUCACGGGCUACUUUUAAUAAGCGUGAGAAGUUGGGAGCUACUUUUCAUACUGACAGGACAAUUCCCAGCGUUCCCCAAAGAAGAGAAACUAUGUGUGGAAGAGCCUCGAGUGCAUGAAUGAACACUGAAAACAAAGAAGCCGAUGAAUGUGAAUGCAGCCUGUUUGAUAAACUUAUUUUUUUUUAAUAAGUUUCUUUCUUUAAGAAACUGCAUACAUCAUAGAAGACUCACAAUAAAUUAAUACUCACAUGCAGUUUUUUCUGCUUUACAAAAAAAAAACAUCUGAAAAGUCACACUUCCUUUCUUUAUGUACAACUUUUAGAAUUCUGAGAAUCUCUCAAAACAUUUCAAUCGACAAGAGGCAGUGAUGUGACAGACUCUUGUACACACACGAUUCUCACUCUCUCUCACACACACACACACACACACAGAUAACAGAUAAACCAGUUCUCCCAGUAUAAUGGUCACCUCCAUUUCAUGAACCUGUAAACAAUAAAAACAUGAAAAGUA